UAUGUGUGUGUGUGUGUGUGUGUAUGUGUGUAUGUUCCUUCAUCCUCUAAUUAACACCAUGGAUCUACAACACACCCUUACAUCUGGAAUAUUAAUUUCAUGUUUGAUUAGUGCCUGUUUUUCUGCUGUCCCAGUGGAAGAAGAAGAUCCGAGGUUUUGGAACAUUAAGGGGAAGGAAGCUCUCAUCUCAGCUUUGUCUCUAAAAGCAAAUGUUUUUCGAGCCAAAAAUCUCAUCCUUUUUCUCGGAGAUGGUAUGGGAGUUCCGACAGUGACAGCUGCUCGGAUUCUGAAAGGGCAGCUUGCUGGUAAAAAUGGAGAGGAGACCAUGUUAACCAUGGACAUGUUCCCUUACCUGGCUUUAUCCAAGACCUAUAAUGUGGAUCAGCAGAUGCCAGACAGUGCUGGUACGGCCACAGCGUAUCUGUGUGGUGUUAAAGCCAAUUACGGAACACUAGGUCUCAGUGCUGCGGCUCGGAGGGGUCAGUGUAACACCACCUUGGGCAACGAGGUCAAAUCAGUCCUCCACCGUGCCAAAGCAGCAGGGAAGUCUGUGGGUGUUGUGACAACCACACGAGUUCAACAUGCAUCCCCAGCAGCAAAUUAUGCCCAUGUAGCUGAUAGAGACUGGUACGGUGAUGCUGAGCUGCCUGCUAGCGCAGUGAGUCAAGGCUGCAAAGACAUUGCCUACCAGCUCGUCCACAACACUGACAUCAAUGUGAUUUUAGGUGGAGGGAGACUGUACAUGCUCCCUGUAGAGACUCAAGAUCCUGAAUAUCCUAAAACCACAGGUAGCAGAAAGGACAACACAAACCUGAUCAAUGAGUGGCUCAAAAACAAAAAGAAUGCCCAUUAUGUGUGGAAUAAAAGUCAGCUCAAUGCUGUGGAUGAGAGAAACACUGAUUAUUUAAUGGGUCUUUUUGAGCCAAAGGACACCAGGUAUGAGCUGGAAAGGAAUCCAGAAACAGAUCCGUCACUCACAGAGAUGAUGGAAAAAGCCAUCAAGAUCCUCAGCAAGAACCCCAAUGGAUUUUACCUCUUUGUGGAAGGUGGUAGAAUAGAUCAUGGCCACCAUGCAAGUCAAGCUAAACUUGCACUUUAUGAAGCAGUGGAGUUCGACCGUGCCAUCGCCCGAGCAGCCGAGCUGACCAGCGAAUUAGACACUAUGACUGUGGCCACCGCUGAUCAUUCACAUGUGUUCUCUUUUGGUGGAAACUCUGCCAGGGGCAGUCCAGUAAUGGGACUUUCUACCAAAAUUGGCAAAGAUAUGAAACCCUUCACCACCGCUCUGUAUGGGAAUGGACCAGGACACAUUGCUGGAGGAGCACGACCAGACCUUAACUAUACAAUUACAAACAAUACAGACUACAUCCAGCAGUCUGCUGUUCCGCUGUCAUCUGAAACUCAUGGUUCUGAAGAUGUGGCUAUUUUUGCGAAAGGCCCGAUGUCUCAUCUUUUCCACGGUGUUCAGGAACAGAGUUAUAUCGCCCAUGCUAUGGCCUUCGCUGCCUGCAUUGAGCCCUACACUGAAUGUUACUUACAGCCUGCUCCCAAACCAGACCCAGAUCAUGCUGUAUCCAUCUGGCUCAGCGUCUACAUCAUGUUGCUUAGCCUCCUCAUUUCUUUCAUCCAUUUCCUAUGAAGGAACUGAUUUUGUACUGAACACUUAAUCCCUCUACAGAUUGUGUAACAUAGUAUUAUUUUUCCCAUGUAAACCCAAUGUAAACCCAUUGUCCUGGGCAUAUUAUAUAAAUAUAAUAAUAAAAUAAAUGUAUAUGAAAAUUGCUAUAAAUCACACACCCUUAAUAGAUUAAAUCUACCAGAAAUGAUAGCUGUAAAACUCUAUUAAAGAAACUCUAUUAAAGACUUUAUAGUAAGAUAGUUUGGCACAGACAUUUUCUGCUAUGCCCAUGAGAAAAAAAAGUGUAAAAGAUUAUACUUUAGAUUAAUAUUGAAAUAUUUUUCAUGUACAAAAUGCACCAUGUUUUCAGAGGUUUUAUUCCACAAGAAAAGGUGUUUAAAUUAUGUCAAAAAGAUGUUUACGAAACAUUAGCAUCAUCUACAACAAAAUAUAAGUUCUGCUCAAACACUGAAGUUCAUAUCCUUACUAGAACAUUAGCCUUUGUAUAAAGCACUAAACAGAAGAACAGCAAGUAAUGAAUAAUUGAUGUUAGAGUUGUCUUGUGGUGUGUUAUGGGUGAGUGGUGACGUCAUGUUAAUGGUUUGUGAAUGAAAGGUGAGUGUGUAACAAAAUAGUUUAGGAUGAACUCUAAAACAGAGCUGAAGUGUCUGGGGAUUAAAUGUUUAUUUCUUUUAUCAAAGCGUUGGCACCAAAUAUUAAUUUAGGAAAUAUCAAGGCAACAUGUCAUAACUUUUGUUAGAUAUCAUAGCAAUAUGACAAACCCAGGGCUGUCAAGUGUCAUGCAUUGAGUGUGACAGUCACUCAUUUCGGUAUUUUGUCACGCUCUCCUGCCACAGAUUGUAUUUGUCAUGCAGAAAAACAUACUAUUUAUCAUAUAUUUAAUAUGCCGCAGCGCCCAAAAUGUAUCAGUCCCCACCACUGUCUCUAUGGAACCGGGCAGGAAUCAAGCGCAUCUCUGGACGGGACAUUGUCCUCAAUCAUAACCUAAAAAUGUCUGGGCUUGUGCCGAACUGUUUUAAAUGGGAGCAACAUUACAAAUGAUAAAGCAGUCCAAAAAGGCUACAAAAACUUACAAUAAACAACAUUCAUAAUCUC